CUGUUAUUCCUUUUCAUUCAAUUUUCACAAUUUUUUGUUUGUGCGGUUCGGCUACGCGACACUUAGAGUGUGUUUCAUAUUUCAUUUGUAUGUUGGGAUGGUGGUCUCACAUUUUGCUUGCAAGGAAUUACCAUGAAUGUGGUAGAACAAUAUGCAUCGUACCCGCUACUAAUAUUUUCAAGGCCAAAAUUAUGACAGGAAUUUCCUAAUAUUUCGGGAAGUAUUAAACACCCAUAAUUAUUUUACUCCAUAUUUUUUCUAUUUAUUGUAAAACAUUUAUGAAUUAAUUAUAAUUCUUAUUUUAAAUAAAAUUAUAUUCGAACUAAAUUCUUUGCGGUUAAAAGAAAUAAAUAUGAAAGCAUCGUAAUAUUUUAUGUAAAUAUAAAAAAGUAAAGUUACCAAUUUUAUUAGAAUUCGUUUUUGUAUAUAUAAUAACAUUUAAUACCGCUAAAUGUUGUUAAAAUAUUUUAAUUAAAUAUUUUUGAGUAUCCUAAUUUUAUUCACUAUUAUUUUCUAUCCAUACAUAUUUGCAUAUUACAUACAAAAAAUAGAUAUCGAAAUUCAAAUUUUUUAACAAGUCGUAUAUAUUUAAUUGAAACCGAGCGCUACUGCAACAAUGAAAAUAAUUUCGAAAUGAAAAGGAAUGUUGAAUUGCGUACCAGCGAAUUGUUACAAACCAGAACACAAGGCGUGCCACCCCAGCACGAGCGCCGCACGGUCCGUUCGUCUUUCCCCGUCAUCCUCUCACCCGUAGAAAAACGGGCGACAAAAGAGUCCGUGUGUGAACUGGGACUAUGGCACCGGACAAAAUUAAAGGCAACAAAUAAGAUUUUCGAGAUAAUAACAAUUGCCUGCGGAUACUGCAUGUCGAUAUACGAUAACUUAUACGAUGUAUUCACCAUAUAAACAUAUAUAUAUACGUUGUUUACUUUUGCUUGCAAAAAUCUAUUUAAUCAGCCGCGUAUAUUUAUAAAUUUAAAAUGCGGAGUGAAGUAAAACAACUUUUCUUACAAGCUUGCUUGAAUCACGGCAGCUUAAGCUCGGAACAAAUUAGUGAAAUACUGGGUCCAAUUUUUCAAUCAUAUGAUGAUACUGCUGUAUUAGGCGAUGUGAAAAAUUUGGUAAAAGAAAUAAACAGCGAUUUAAAAGAAUUUAAUCAAGAAUUAAAAUUUGUAAAACAUCCAUUGCUGGGAAAGGAAUAUUUGGUAUUUGGUCUAACAUUCGAAACACCCGCGAGUAAACUUCAGCACCAUUAUCGGGAAGCAGAUCAAUUGUAUUUUGCAAAGCUAGUAGAGGCAAUGGCUUUUCAAGAAGACUACGGUAUUUCAUGGGUUGAUAUGUAUAAUCUGCCGAACCUGCCACAAAAUGUCAAAAAAGAUUUAACAAAAACGCGGGUUCAAGAUUUGAUAACAAAGUGGACACGACAAGGUUACUUUGUGGAAAAAGACGAUAAAAUAUUUUUCGGGCCACGUAUGUUAGUUGAAUAUGCGUUUCAUUUAAAAACACAUUUUUCUGAUUACAUCAAAGAUUGUCCGCUUUGUAAGAAUGUAGUUUUAUGGGAUAUAAAGUGUGAUCGGUGUGAAAUUAAAGUUCACAAAGAAUGCAUACGAACAUUUUUAAAACGAAAAUCGAAUUGCCCAUCCUGCAACGAAGUUUGGAGUACGCCAUUAAAUUAAGUUUCCAUUUUUUACGACCACGAUGUUACUAAUAAAUUACUUCAUCGAAAAUAUUCAUUGGUUUAUUAUUAAUAAAAUUUUCAGAACAAGAAUAA